AUGGAAGGCUUAAUUUUCUGUUUCCUGUUUCAUCAGCUGGAGCGUCUUCAUCCCAAACUGCUAAACAAUACACGUUUCUCACAAUUCGAUUUCCUGCUCUUCAAUCGUGUACCCAAAGUGGGCAGUGAACAACUAAUCGAAUUAAUACGUCAACUGGGUGAGGUAAAUAAUUUCAGUGUUAGUCGGGCGCCAUUUUCCCAACCUAUACACUAUCACCUAAACGAAGUCUCACAAGCCGAGUUAGUCGAUGACCUCUAUGAAAUGGGACCAGGUCACUCCCACAGUAUGCAUGUAAAUUAUAUAAAUUUUCGUAAAUACGAUACCUCUCAACCGAUCUAUAUAAAUUUGGUGCGUGACCCAGUGGAACGUGUGAUAAGUUGGUUCUAUUAUCGUCGUACACCAUGGAGUGCAGUACAAAAUUAUCGUGUUACGAAUAAAUUUUUUCCACCGAAAUUCUAUAAAAAAGAUUAUCAUGAUUGUGUAUUGAAUUCCGAUCCCGAGUGUGUUUAUGAGCAGGGAGCAAGUUUUACGCAGACAAAGGCUCUACAUAUCCGUCAAACGUUAUUCUUUUGUGGUCAUGAUCCGGUUUGCGAGUAG